CUCAUCAUACACUCGCUCCUUCCUUCCUUCCUUCUCCGGCCCUUCCACACACACACACACACACACAGAGCAGAGAGGGAGAGAGAGAGAGGAGGAACUAUAGCUAGUAGGCAGCCGUUGCUUGGUGGCCUAGGUAUCUGCUGGUGCGUGCAUGGCUCUGGCGGGCAUCUAGAUGCUCUCGUUUCCCUUCGCGGCGUCUGCUCCCCUACGCCGGAAUCCCUCCAUGCCUUCCCGCCCUCUCAUGGCCUAGAUUCGCGACCGUACCGCCGCUGCUAGCAAAGCAAGCAAUCAAUCGAGAGCCGUUUCUCUCUGCAUCAUUUCUUUCCUCGCGCCUAGUACGUACCGUAGCGUAGCCUGCUCUGCUGCAGCUGCCUGCGUGCCUUGAAUACGCGCCCUCCUCCCUCCUCAAAACACUCAAACCUUGUCCCUUUCCCGCAAACCCCUGCCGCCUUUUGGUCGCUCUAGCUCUGGCGUACUGCCACCCACUGUGCUAUAGCUAUCCUCCCCGGGCGGCGCGCCGGGCUCUUUCAUCUCGGUCUCAGGUGGGCGGGCGUCCAGCACCUGCACUGUGCCCUCCUUUCGCCUCUCUCUUCCGCCAUAUAUUCCGCUCCCCGCUUGGCACCGCGCAGGGCAGGAGGAGGAGAGACACGCUCGUGACUUGUCGGGCUCCUGUGUCUCCGUCACUGUCUUGAUUUGUCGCCUGAGCUGGGAGCAGCGAGCAGCGCCGGCGAGCUAGGGAGCUUGCAUGGCGUGGAGCGGGUUCAGGGAGGCGGCGGCGGGGGAGAGCGGCCUGGAGCUCAGCCUCGGCCUGCCAGCCUACUUCACCAAGCCGGCACCACCACCAGCAGGAGCAGGUACGUCUGCUUUGGACGGGCUGGAGUCGACCGGCGCCGGUGCUUCUGCUCGCCAACCUGAAGGAGGAAGCUACAAGGCCAAGCCGGCAGUAGCAGCAGCUCCUGUCGUGGGGUGGCCGCCGGUGCGCUCGUUCCGGCGGAACCUGGCCGCCUCCAAGCCGUCGUCGUCCAAGGAGGACGGCAGGGCAAGCAAAGACAACGACGUCGCCGUCAGGGGCGCCGACGAGCCUUCGGGCCGGAAGGGCCUGUUCGUGAAGGUCAACAUGGACGGCGUCCCCAUCGGGCGGAAGGUGGAGCUCAAGCAGCACGGCAGCUACGCUGAGCUCUCGGCCACCGUCGACAACCUCUUCCGCAGCCUCCUCGCCGCUCAAAGGGACACCGCCGCUGCCCCCGACGCGAUCGCCGGCGGCGAGUACACGCUGGUGUACGAGGACGACGAGGGCGACAGGAUGCUGGUUGGGGAUGUCCCAUGGCACAUGUUCAUCGUCACGGCGAAGAGGCUGCGAGGGCUCAAGAGCUCCGACCUGCCGGCCUCGUCGCUUACGGCGGCCGGGAGCAGGAAGAGGCCGGCGGCCGCGGCCGACCGCUGAUCGGACUCGCCCGGCGUUGUAAAGGCCUUUUUUGACGAGGGUUAAUCCUGUAUUGCUGCUACGUGUGAGGAUGAAAUCACGGCUGUAAUUAGAGUCGUGUGUAUGAUGGUACUGCUAUUUUGGGGGCCAUGAUGAUCGUGGCGGUAUUUUGAUGUUUCUUUCUACAAAAAUGCUAGACCCGCCGGAUGGUCGAAUCUAAUACUAGUAGUACUGGUAUGUUUUUAGCAUAUAAUUGCACAAAUACUACAUCUGAACUUGAUCGUU